AUGCCGGCUUUGGUGCUGGGAUGGGGUAUCGCACAAUCCUGUACCCCCGCUUGUCAUAGCUUCGGUGCAUUGAUGGCAGUCCGUUUCUUCCUUGGUCUAUUCGAGGCAGGCUGCUUGCCGUUAUUCUCUAUAAUCACAAGCCAAUGGUACCGCCGAUCUGAGCAGCCAGUACGUGUUGCUGCAUGGUACGGAACAAAUGGUCUAGCUACAAUCGUAGCUGCGGCUCUGUCGUACGGCUUGGGCAAGAUCAACUCAUCAGUGCUAGCUCCGUGGCAAAUAAUAUUCCUGUUUACCGGUCUCAUCACUAUUGCGACAGUGCCAUUCGUCUAUUGGAAAUUAGAUAAUGACGUCGCAUCAGCACGAUUCCUGACAGAAUUCGAGCGAGCACAGGCUAUCGAACGCCUUCGCGCGAAUCAAACAGGGGCUGGUUCUCGAGACUUCAAAAGACACCAUGUGAUUGAGGCUGCACUCGAUGUGAAGACCUACCUCUUCAUUGGCAUGGCCCUCGGUAGCAACCUGGGUGCACAAGUGACCAAUACUUUUGGCCCUCUCAUCCUGAAGAACUUUGGGUUCGACAAAUACAAGACAUCUCUGCUCAACAUGCCUUUUGGCGCUAUUCAGUACAUCGUCAUCCUAGCCGUGGCCUACGCAGCCGUCAAGUUUCGAUGGAAAUCAAUCACGCUGCUAAUCAUACUAAUGCCGAUCAUCACUGGCCUCGCCAUGCUAUACGCACUUCCACGAGGAACAUCCCAUACGGCACCAUUGCUGGUCGGCUACUAUCUUCUAGCAUUCAUCUUUGGAUGCAACAAUUUGAUCGUGGCUUGGAUCCUUGCCAACACUGCAGGUCAAACGAAGAAGUCAGUAAUGGUCUCUCUGUACAACGCUGCGGCUUCGGCUGGCAACAUCAUUGGACCCCUUCUUUUUAGCAGCAGUGACGCUCCAGCAUAUCGCCCAGGACUACGAAAGACGCUUGGAGUCUUCGUCAUGAUCAUCUGCGUUGUUAUCAUUCAAGUGGGCAACUUGCUCCUUUUGAAUAGACUGCAAGGUAAAAGGCGAGUAAGAAAUGGAAAGUCUGCGAAGAUCCACGAUCAUUCCAUGGAAGAGAGAUACGUCAACAUUGAUGCAGACAACGAGUUCGCGAUAGGAAGCAUGGCAUUCGCAGAUUUGACAGAUCGUGAGAAUGACGAGUUUGUAUACGUCUAUUGA